AUGCGUGACCUCACAAAUGCGGUAGAGGAGUCGGAAACACCACCCAACGUCGCCAGUAGUCGUAGAUCACGUGUCAGAUCGAAUUUGAGCGAAGAGCAACUCCGGCGCAAGCGCAAUGUCGACCGUCGAGCUCAGCAAGCUUUUCGCCAGCGAAACAAGGAUCACACAAACCGCUUGCAAGAGGAGCUCGAUCAAUUGCGCACGAAAUGGCGGUCGAGAGAGCACGAACUACUCCAGGAUAUCCAACAGCUCCACGAGCAGAAUCAUGUUCUUGUCCGUCGCUUACAAGACGUCGCUUCCCUUGCUACAUCCACAGGAGCUACCGUGGAUCUAUCUCGCCUCUCCGGAGAAGCUGUUGCUAUUCAAAGGCUCAGCGACGAUCAUAGCACUCAGUCCACGAGCCGCAAUGCCGCCUCUGAGUCUGUUGAACAUCGCACCGCUAGUCCACUCGACGAUGACUUGAUUAUACAGGAGGCCGGGCCGCCGACGAUUACAGGCAUCACAAAUCCCUCCAUACUCCAGGAACCAGUCCCUGCCUCGGAUUUCGGACGUGAUACGAGUCCCCAGGUUGCCGAGACCCACUUCACGUCUAGCAGAGUCGACCAGGCAUUCUCACUGCGAGGUUCGCCUGAAGUGUCACCUAGCGCGCUUGCCCACCAGAGCCCCAAUGAGGCCGUAUACACCAGUCUGCCAUUGCACAUGUCUCCCACAUGCCCUCUGGACCAUAUCCUGCUUGGGUUUCUCACGAGCAAUCGGACCAUGCAUUCUAACGGUACUUCCUCGGAGCUGCUCGCUGGACCUGAGAAGGCUUCUGUGAGAGGCUUUGUCCACAGAAACUCCGACCUCUCUAGCCAUCCGAUUAGUAAAGUCAUGUGUGAGAUCAUGUCAACGUACCCCUCGGUCGGCAGAGCUGAACAGCUUGGUUUGUUUUAUCUGAUGCACCAAACAAUGAGGUGGCUGGUAGUUCCUGUGCGGCCAAGUUACAUGUCCAUGCCCAGCUGGCUGCGUCCGACUGUAACGCAGAUCACCGUUCCCCAUCCCGCGUGGAUUGACAACGUUCCUUGGCCAGAAGUACGAGACAAAAUCAUCAUGUGCCCUCACAGAUAUCCUUAUGAGUUGUGGACGGCCAAUUUUACACAGACCGUCAAGGUGGGUUGGCCCUAUGAGAUAACCGAUGCUUGGGUUGAAAGGAAUGGCGAUUAUGUCUUGCACUCCAUAUUCGAAAAGCAUGUUCGCAGACUGGAGAAUUGGUCCGUUUCGCCUCAAUUUGGGCAGGCCUUUCCCGACCUGAUGCCAAUCAUGUUACGCGAGCAGUGA